CGCGUACGGUGACCUUAUGCGAAAACACCACACUCCGGCUAUAGUUCUCUAUCACUGACAUUGUGAACAGCUUGCCACUGUGGCUCCGGCUGCAUGUGUGGCUGCAGUUCUUCAUUAGACACAGGGCUACCCGUCUGGGGGAUCCUGACGCUUUAAUUCCGCCGUCGUCUAUUAAUUUCGCAGCUAGAAGCCCGUCUUGCGCUUCUCUCCAUACAGUGUGUGGCAGCAGAAGCAAUGUUAGACGACCUCGCCGGUAUCUUAGUUAUUGCGCUGUAUUUUUGGCGCUGCCAACUGGUGACAGCAAGCUUCUUACCAGCGGCCAGCCCCACACCGCGCGGAUCCCUACCUCGUCUUUGUGGUCCUUUCAUACGUGGUUCUGUACUUUCGGCGAGGUUUGCCACUAGGAAUGCUAUAAAGGCGAGGCGGGCCGCGCACGCGACGAACAGGUGUGUACCGAACCCAAAUUGGACCGUUAUAAGAUCGCUUCCGCUGAGCUUCCAUGACAAGCCACAGGAUAUGGCCUACGCACCCGUCUUCCUCCUUACCCGCAUCCUCGCCAUCCUGACCCUCCUCGCCAUCCCCGCACACUCAGCACCCGCCCAGGAAAUCCCUGAACUCCCGACCUUCAUAUGCUACCAGAAUGCCAUCGCCAUAUGGAAUUUCCUUGUAGGCCGGUACACAGAACGAGUGACACGCCGAGACCGGGGCUAUUGGACCCCACUAAUCUCGCUGCUCCUGCCGUUUGGCGCCCUCGCAAGGACAAUCAUCCUCAUCGCAGAGCAUGUACGAUGCAAGGGGAACGACGUCCUCGCCGCCCUGCACCACGGCGCGAUCCUUGUCGUGGUCCGCUGCGCAGGUUGGGACCAUCAACCGAUGGGAGAUCGUUUUGCGCAAAUUGGCCCGGGUGUUGACUACGAGAAAGCUGACCUGGAGGACGAUCGGUGCUCGUACGCAGUCAUCGAGAUCGACAACCAGAAUGAAACCCACUGGCCCAUAGAAUCAGAUCUCAAGAACCGCAGCAUCCACGGCCACAUCCGGGUCCCCGCCGGCUACUCCCUCGCCGUCCCCGCAGACAAGUCCUACACGGAGCACCUCAUCGCGCGCGACCUCGACCCGACAAUCAACAUCAAGAUCCACCGCGCAUCGGGCGUCAUGCAGAUGCUCGUCUCCGUCGUGCAGAUCAUCGCCGCGACGUACACGCUCUACUCCACGGAGGGUGCGCAGGUCGCGCGCUGGGGCUACGCCGCGUACGGCCUGUCGGUCUUCCCGUACGCGCUCAUGUCGGUGAUGAACAUCCUGUGCGCGUCGAUCGUCGGCGAGUACGCGAGCGGGCACCUCCUCCGCACGCCGGUCCUGCACGAGGCGGAGCACCGCCCGGGCGCGCACUUCGACGGCGCGAUCGGGACUGUGCGCAAGGUGGGCAAACCGUCGGUGGGCGACAGGAGCCACACUGGAUAUGUCGCGGUGCGCAUGCAGACGGUCGCGGACGAGCGCACACCCUCGGAGAAGAAACUCGUCGUGGAGACAUCUGAAUGGGAGAGGAAAUUCACCCUCUGCACCGAAGAGAGUGUAGAGGCGACCCGCGCCUACCGCUUCACCGUCUCCUCGCUGCGCCACGACGGUAUAGUCGACGACCACGAGGUCGCGAAGCACCGCAGGAUCUCGCCAUCGGAGGCCGCCAUAACCCUGACGCUAUUUCUGGCCGCCAUGAUCCUGCCGCACGGCCUGAUUUACGCCCUGAGCCACUUCCGCGCCGCACACAGCACUGUGGCCCAGAGGGCGUGGAUGAUGGCGUGGCUGGCGUCUGACCAGCUCUCGUCCCUGGGAACAUCCGUCGCUGCGCUGAUAGUCCCUGCUGUUGGAGGUUUCAUAGUCAUGUCAGACAUGUACCUCCAGGAUCAGGGUCUCGGUGCUUGUAGUUCCUGACCUUGCUUACGCUUAGCCUGCUGUUGCACAAGUUUAUGCUGCGGCCUUUCGCUGCCGAUGGGCUCUUUUCGUCGCUUCGCAUCACCCUGUAUUGUACCGCAGUAUCCCGUGACUGAUUCACUUGUAUAAUGUGUAUUGACUGUGCAUACUA